AUGCUGAGCUGCUACAGCAGCUUGCCUGUGAGGAUUGCCCCGGGAGGAGGUCGGGUUUGCUGCAAGUCGCUUUCCUGCGCAGGUCGUAACCUGAAGGAGUGGCUGCGGGAGCAGUUUUGCGACCACCCCAUCGAGCACUGCGAGGACACCCGGCUGCACGACGCGGCCUACGUGGGGGACCUGCCCACCCUCAAGAGCUUGCUGCAGGAGGAGAGCUUCCAAAGCCGGAUCAACGAGAAGUCGGUGUGGUGCUGUGGCUGGCUGCCCUGCACGCCACUGCGCAUCGCCGCCACUGCUGGCCACGGCCCCUGCGUCGACUUCCUCCUCCGCAAAGGGGCUGAGAUCGACUUGGUAGACGUGAAGGGGCAAACCGCCCUCUACGUGGCCGUGGUCAACGGGCACCUCGAGUGUGCAAAGAUCCUCCUGGAAGCUGGGGCUGACCCCAACGGCAGCCGGCAUCACCGUAGCACCCCCGUCUAUCAUGCGGCGCGCGUGGGCCGGGCAGACAUCCUCCGGGAGCUGAUCAGGUAUGGUGCAGACGUGGAUGUGAAUCACCACCUCCCUUCCCGGGUCCCCAGCCUCUCCCUGCGGCCCCUCACCACGCUGGUGGUCUGCCCACUGUACAUCAGCGCUGCCUACCACAACCUCCAGUGCUUCCGACUGCUGCUCCAGGCUGGAGCCAACCCAGAUUUUAACUGCUGCGGGCCCAUCAACAUCCAAGGCUUCUCCCGGGGCUCCCCAGUGUGUGUGAUGGACGCUGUCCUGCGGCAUGGCUGUGAAGCAGCGUUCGUUCACCUCUUGAUUGACUUUGGAGCCAAUCUGAACCUGGUGAAAGUGGAGGCCUUGGGAGUUGAAUCCACAGGGAGAGUUAGAGUCAACCCUGAGGCUUUGCAGGUGUUCAAAGAAGCAAGGGGCCGCACCCGGAGCCUCUUGUCUCUCUGCCGCAUAGCUGUACGAAGAAUACUUGGCAAAUCUCGUCUGGAUCUGAUCCAUGUCCUUCCAGUCCCAGACCCCAUUAAACAAUUUUUACUUCACGAACACAGUUAAAGGGCAACUGGCUGCUUUCCAGGACAGUUUGAUUUGGUAAAUUUGUGCGCUGAUAAAGCCAGGUGCCAAUCCUAACUCUUCCCCAACAGUGAAAUACUGUAUUGCUCAUGGAGUGCACAUAAUUCCCUGCCCCUGUGAUUUUCCCCUCCAAAUUUAGGGUGCAGUGAUUUUGUGUGUCUAUUCUUAAACUACCGGUUAUCUAACUGGUGAUGUCUUGUUUGUAACUGGUUGGGCAACGAGACCGAUAAGUGUGUGUGACUGUUACAUGAGCAAAUACAAUAUAUCCUAUAGCUGUUAGCAUAUGUCUGUUUGUUAUGACUCUACCUCUGUUGCUGAUCUGUGUUACACAAACCUUGGGUCUCAGCAGCACUUCUGCGUGGGGAAAGCGUCCAUAUUUAAGCCUUUCCUCUUCCUAGAGCAUAUAAGGGAGUCUCUCCUCGCCUUGGUAAGGGUUUUACAACAGCACUGUUCUCUUUCUGCCGUCAAUACCUGUCCUUUCUCUUCCGUAUGAAGUUUGUGAUUGCUGCUGUAAAAGUGGGUGUAUUUUCUUCUGUCCUCUUCUGGUGUGAAGUGCAUCAAGUUUCCCGUCCAGUGCUGUGUGUUACUUGGAAAAUUGUAUCCAUGUCUCUACGUGCUGCAAGGUAGCUGCUGACUUGGCUUUCUUCAUGUAGAGGCCCCAUCGCGCAGAUGGGAGAGUAGCAGAAUGUGUAAUCCUAUCCUGUCUGAGUCGUUUCUACAGAGCACCAGAUCUGCUGCAGCGGCUUGGCUCUCCCUCCAGCACUGUGAUGGACGAGGCAGGGGCUGGCCAACCCUCCUCACGACUGCCUGGGACUGGGUCAAGUCUCGUGACCGCUGCCACAGCGUGAAGGAGAAAAUGUGGAGAGAAGAGGAAAAGGUAGUUCCACCUCUGGAAACUGAUAUAACUACACAGCCUGUUGUGGGGGUGCAAUCCCAAUGACUCAGUUGCCACGGCAGUGGUUGUGGGACAAGAACUGUGAUACUCAGAUGAAGCCAGCACGUGAACCUGAAAGAUUUCUAGGGUACUUUUUGGAAAAGCAAUGCCUAAAUUAAUAUUCUGUUAACUGUAAAAUGGGUUAGAAUAUUUGAGAGUGACCAGGAGCAACAGUGGAGGGGUUGCUAAAUUAAACUGUUGUGUUGCAGGGCUGGAUUUGCACAUUGAUGCAAUGCCUGUGAAUAUAUCUGUGCGAUUAUGAAGAAAAAGUCGCCAAAAUGAUCUCUAGAUGCCUGCUUGCAAUAUUGCAGUGAUUAUGAUGUUAUUGAAGGCCCGGUAAAGUAGCUGGCAAUGCACAGUGCAUAGAAAUAGAAGUUCCUACCUAUGUUUUGCUCCACAUCCCACGGUGGCAGUAUGACCAGAGAAAACCCUCCCAGAUCUAACCACUUAACAGAUCUUUUAGUUUGCAUACUGUUUCUACCAGCAUUGUGGAAAAGGGAAAAGAAAGGACUUUUUUGUCUUUUCUUGAAGAGAUAGGAGGUUAUGUGCUUCUAAAUGUAGUGUUGCAUCCAGCAGCCUGGGCUCCUUCGAUUUUCAGUGACUCUACAUUGCUGUUUACCUUCAUGUCACAAGCUCACAGAAGAGUGGCAUUCUGCAGUGAGUCGACAGCCUUUCGUCAGGAUCUCAGGGUCAACCAGCUCCAAAAGGUAGUGACGUAGUCAUUGCGUAGGAAACAUUGUCAAAAUAGCAACUUUAGGAGGACAGAGGUGAUGGUCCCUCAGGAUCUUGGAUAAAAACUCAGGUGAUAACUGGUGCUUGCUUUUAGUUUACUGAUUCAAGUUCUUUCUAGUCCCUGUGUUACAAGUUGAUUUUUUUUGACAAUUUUUCUUUGUCAGAUGUUCUUCCCAUACUCAUGCAGUUGACAAGGGUAUUUUUUUCCAGAUGUGAUCCCAAAGAUAUUGGGCAUUUAUUUAUUGUAAUGAUAUUAGUGCCUGGGGACCUGUUGUUGAGAGCUGAGUUAAGCAUGGGAUGGCAAGGACAGUAAGACAGCCCCUCCUGGGAGUGGGAUCUGGCUCUGGUCACUCUUCUCCUUGCCCAACUGCAGUAACAGGGAAGUGGGGUUGUUAAAGCUACCUUGCAUUUUGGUUCCAGAUGCCUUUGGCCAACAGCCCUUAUUAUCCUGCCACUCUAGGACCAGAUUCUCAAGGCUUCCCCAUGGACUUGCCCCAUAGGUCUUGACACUAGUUACAAAAUAUUCUUUUUCCAGAGGCAAAAAUGCAUGCAAAAUCACAGUUGAGUUUUGGUCCUCCCAUUAUGGGAUGUGUUUAGGGUGGAGUUCAGUAAGCAACAAUGGACUUUCUGUAUGUUUUAUUAUCUGCUGAAGAACACGUGCCUUUCCAAGAUGCUUUCAGAGAAGUAGGAAGGGCAGGAGAAAUGAUUUUUUCUUACUAUUUCAGUUCCAUGGCCAGGCCUGGAAGGUUCACCUGGCCCUUUACAUUGCUCACUGAUUUUAGAAUAAGGUGGCAAAAUUUGCACUGCUGAGAACAGGCUAAAGUCUGGUUAUACUUGGUGCUCAGAUACCAAAGCAAAGGAUACUUUCAGAACCCUCAUCAGACGAGAUAUAAUGGCAAGGAUAUGUAGCUGUAGGCCUGCUUUCAAGGUGAGAAGGCAGCAGUUUUGCACUGUUUCCUUUCCAGGCUUGCAGAUGGUUUAGGUUUUCACCAUGCUGGAGGCCAGGGCAGCCCAUGAGCAUGUUGCCUGAGAGUUGUGCGCUUGCUUUAUAGAAGUGUUAACAUGCCUGAAAGAUGCAAACAGGUUGUAAAGCCUCUUGUCACCUUGCUGGUGGAACCAUAAUGUUUUGCAGGAGCACAGGCCGAACAUACUCUAGCUCCAGUGUAUAGAGGCAGAAAAUGAGGUAGGUUGUCUUGAGAAAAUGCCAUGGCAACAGCUUUUUUGGGUCGACUUUUUUUCCCUCUUGGUUUUGACUUGUUCAUACAGUUUUGCAAAGUGGUCACCCAUUAGUGCCUUUUUGGGUGAAGGUGGUAGGAUGGAUGUGGAAGGCAUAUGCUCCACUGGGGAGACCUGGCUCCACCUGGAAGGAGCUAUGGUGUGAAUGAUGGAGGGUAACCCAAAGAAAUUCAGAGAAUUUAGUUGUUAACUCAGCGCCUGAUGUAACUCGAGUAUAGAGUUAAAGCUAAGCCUCUGCAGAUGACCUGUUUUUAAUUUUAAUUAUGGAUGCUUCAGUAUUUGGUUUGUUGUCUGGUGUGCCCUUGCCCGACCUGCCCUCAACGCGCUUAGGGAUUGACAGCGGUUGGCACCCUGACCAGUCUAGCAGCUGUGCUCCCUCCCAGAACCCUAACUCCCAUGUGAGUGAAAAUGCAAAGAGCACCCUCUUCCUCUGUCAACACCCGCUACUGAUACGAUUCCUUUGCAGGUCCCACUGGUAAGCUCAAGCCGUGUGGGGACUGGGGUCUUUGCCCUCUGUGUGUAUGGGUGGUGCUUUUGACCUCAAGCUUGAAGGACUGCAUGAGGUUUCAGAUCCAACUGAUCUGGAGUCCAAAGGAUUCCCUUGACUGUGGAUAUCUCCAGCCCACGUUCCACCUGUCAAAGGAUGGUUCUCCCAACCCAAUAGCAAACAAGCUUGAAGUUAAUCAAUCGGACAUUUGCAGAAUCAAAGCUUUGAAGUGCAGGAGACAUUUUGCCUGGACUACCCAUCCAACUUCCAUCUUAACUGUGCCUCCUGCAAAGGUCUCAGUGUUAAACCUGGAUGGUCUUUCUUUGGGCUUGAGGGAUGGAAGGGAGUCCAACUCAGAGAGACUAGUCAUGUAAUAUUAAGCUGUAAGUGCAAAGACUACUGUUAGAGUAAGUCCCUGUGUAAAUUGAUUGCUGAGGCUACAUAAACCCAGCUUUGCCUAAGUGAAGUGCUUUAACACGCAGACUUAGAAGAUCUGGAAUUUUCACUGUAGAGGGAUAAAAAUGAAUCCCAAAAGGUUCAUGAUAUUCAUAGACCUUGGUGUCCUGUCCUGUCGGGCCAGAACCUGUAUCCUUUGGCUGUCUGCCCCUGUCCUUUUUAAACCCCAGAAACAACAGUCUUCCAGUAUGAAAUCUUGAGUGCAUAUUAUAUAUCUUUACACAAUGUAAACAGCAUUUAUUUUUGCCUUAACUCAGACUUCACCAUUUCCUCCUAUGUAGCAGAGUGUUUUCUUUUGUAAAUGUGUUCUUUUCCAUGUUGUCCGUUGGGGCAUGCUCAGAUAGCAUGAGUAACAGAUGACUAUCGUGAAGUCAUGGGUGGGAAGUUAAACAUUUCUGCAGCAUACAUCCCCUGUAUUGAAGAAUGCCUCUUAUAUUUGUGCAUAAUAUAUAAAGCAUGCAUUGUGUGGCCUUGCUGUAAGCUUGGGUGGGAUGGGAUAACAAGAUUUGGAAAGUGGUUAAAGAACCAAAACAGAUCUGGAAUAAGCAAAGCAGAUCCAAAGCAGUCUUUUUCAUGUGGGCUUUCUUCUUGUCUUUGUUGCUAUUGAGGGAUUUCCAGAGCAUGAAAUGCUGGUAGCUGGUACCCAAAUAUAAUUUCCUGCUCUUUGGAAGUUUUGCAAAAGGCAGAGGAACAUCAUCUGUUGGGUUGAAGUGUUGGUUUUGUUUUUGGUUUUUUUUUUCCCAUCCCCAAAAUCAUGUAAAGCACUUUUUACACCAAAACUGGCCUUUGAGAUACAGCACCUUUUUAGCCCUUCCUGUUCGGGUGAAGCAGUGUAAGAACCUGCCCAGGACAGAAUAGAGGUGACAGAGUCCCACUUCAAGAAGUGCCGAUCAGUGCUCUGUUGGUUUUGCCCAGAGUCAAGUGACUGUGCUCAGCAGUGAGAUCAGAUCUGAGGGCAGACAGGAGGUAUCGGUGGUGGGCCUGGAUCCAUGUGUAGCCAAAUAAAGAUGUUCUAGUGCAAGAGCGUGGCUGUCUGCCUAAUUAUUUGCCUCACCAUGGGAAGGAGUACAGCUCUGUGCAGCAAAGAGCAGGGACUGGAUUUGCAAAAGCCUUGAGUCCUGCCGGCCUCGGAGGCUGUAGCUGACGACUCUGCGUGUUUUGUAGCCACUGGAGGGGGCCGGAGAACCGUGCUGCCUGCGCGGGGGUUACAGGCAAGGACUGGGCACUGUUUUCCUGCACCAUUGCCAACUCCUGCCUUGCCACCCCUGGACAAUUUUCAGGAGGGAUAUGGCAGACAGAAUGUAAACUAUCGUGAAUGUGCAGAUGAGGCCCCGCUCCGGAGCCUCUCCCCGCGGCCCAGAUCCUCUUUCACAAGCUCACAGGUCCUCUCAGCGGUGCUGGCCUGCCUUUUCCUCGGGGUGCCACGGCAGCUUGCGGCAGUGCAGGGUGGCUGCUGUCACCCA